UUGAAAUGGAUUUAUACGCUUGUUUUGUAUUUUCAGAUGAGAUGAGAGGGCAGGUUUCUACACUAAGGCAAUGGAUAAAAGUUAUUAUUACUUCUCAGCUACAAACUGUUCACUAAUACUUUUCAAAGGCUAAUCAUGAAGAAUGAAUCAUGUAUCCUAGUUCUGGUUUUGCUAUGUAUCCGGUGCUAUGCUAGGAUAGAAAGGGAACAUGCAUUUGAAAUAGACAGCUUAUCACCGGACUCUGUAGCAGUCGAUAUACAAUCAGACAUACCGGGACAGAUAACUUGGAUAUAUACAGACGACCAUAAUUUCAGACUUAAAGUAAAAAUCAUUGGUGAAAAUGAAAAUUCAGUAAAUUCUACUGACAUACAUCUCAUCACAACAAAUUCUUCUGUAAAACUUGCCGUCAGGGAAAAAUAUUUUCCUGUUGUACCUUCGCCUGUGACAGGAUCCGGAAGUGCACUGAGAAUCCCGGCAUACCUUGUAUGGUUCCUGGUGUUGCUGAUUGGCUGGAAUAAUCCAAUGGCAGUGCUUUUGAUAGCUGUAGUGUAUGGGUUUACUCCAGGGACAGCCGACAUGAUCUACGACAUUCCGAAGAAAACCGUACAAAUAGAAGUAACAGCUCCCAGACGACUUUCCUACAGAACUGUCAACUUGUACAUAAAUGGCGGGAAACUGCGUGUUGUAGACUGGGAACCAGAGAGAGCGGAAGUAGUUACAUGCGAGACGGAAACAGCUGCGGGCGGUUGUCCGAACUGCUGUCAUGGUAACGGUGUUUGUGUCGGUAAUCAGUGUAUUUGUGAUGAAAAUUACAACCAGGAAUCAAAUUGUGCUUUGGGAAACGCACAGGCCGUUUUCUUUUCACAUCCACUGGACCCUCGAUUUGACCGAACUCUUCUACCAAAUAGUGAUGUUUUGACAUUAGGUCGUGCGUUUCAGUUCAUACAACAACCGCCAUAUUUGAAAGAUCCGGAUGUGUAUACUAUGGAAAUUAAAUCUCGUGAUGACACGUUUUCUCACAUUUUGAUAAUAUUUCAUCCAGAUGGCUUCAUUGAGAAAAUCUUAGACACCGGUUCAAUGAAAAAUGAUGCAAUAAAAUUUAAAAGAUCAAGGUUAAAAUCUUGUCUGAUUCGUCUCAAAGGAAAUCUCAUCAAUACAGAGAUAAACAUUUGUGAUAAAACUAACAGUGCGCAAAAUAUUGAGAACGACAGAACUUCAAAAGAGAAUGGAGGCAGAGAAAGUACAUCAGACAGAAAAAGAGACAAAGAACAUAGGAGGAAGAGUACUAGAAACAGACAAAGAUUAAAAUUUCCGUACGAGUUUAAAUUUGUUGAAUUUCCUGUCAGAAUUCAUCGCUGUGGAUAUAAUUCACAGGACAGAAAACAUGUAUAUUUUCAACUUUUGAAAGAAAAAAUGGAUCCAUCACACGUAAGCGGUUCUCAGACAAGACGUUCAUUGUCUUUUCGUGUUAAUGAAAAUAUCAUUUUACUGCCUCAUGAAACUAGCGAUGGCACUGUGGUACUUCGUUUACCAAAUAACUCAGUUCCCUUGGGAUCUAAAGAAAUCACUUCAAAGUGUGAAAUGACGAAAUCCCUACACAGAAAAAUAUGUUUUCCAUCAAAUUUAGAAAACUUUAGAAUUGUUUGUAACAGUAUUUUUAACCUUUCUGACAUUAAUCACUCUACGCCCCCGCAUAUUUCUAGAACUAUACAAUUAUGUAGGUUCGUGCUUGAAUCAGUUACCAGCUAUUGUGAUAAACAUAUUUUUGAAACAGUAUCACAGGACAAACCGUGCCUGGCAAACUAUAUAAACAAUUUUAAUUUAUUUUCUGAACAUAGUUACCAACUCCGCCCUAUUGCACAUUUUCCAGACGAAAAAGUUAUGUACGGCUAUGUACAGGAUGUCAAUUUCGCCAACAACACUCAAUUAGGACAGGGGAGUAAAGAAUUAACCAUAACUGAUAAUGAUGCAAAUUUCAAAAUAGUAAAAAUUUCUGUCAUUCCUACAGAUCCAGUGCCGCAUGAUAUUUAUCAAGUAAAAUUAGAGUACGCAUGCGCAACAAGUCAGACUGUUAUCAAAAUGACAGUGUACGGUAGUGAUUAUUACAGUAACAGUGUGACAUGUCAUGGUACCACUCAGUGCAGCUGCUGUAUAUUGCAUGCGGCUGGUGCACCGAAUGCGGUCGUAGAUCACGUGACCAUUAAUGUCACCGACCCAUCAAGAAAUUACAAACUAGUUCAAGAAAUGGUUGUUGUAUUUUAAUAUGGUUUAUCAUGUAAGGCCGGUGUGCCAUGCUUAUUGUCAGAUGUCAAAACGUUUAUGCUAAAUGUGAAACAUUUAAUGCAAAUUGUCAUAAGCUUAUUACCAAAUUGUUUAACUUAAGGAGUUUCUGAAUGUUACUUGCAAAUAUCUGAAAACAUGUUCCGCCAGUCUGAUUUGAAGCAGUAGCAUCUUAUUGCGGGACUGAAACCGUUUACUCAGAGAAUUAGUUUUCAGACAAGAGACAAAGUUAUGUUACAAAAUGUCAAUAACUACUUAAGGUAUGCAUUCAUCUACUGAUAUAUUCAGCAUUGUUUCAAUAAACGUUCAGCUUUAAGUAUUUUCUAUGUAUUGUUUUGCAUUUUGCAAAUAACAAUUAGACUUUAUCCCUUUACAAUUACCAUUUGACAGAUUACAUUUGACCAGCGUUUAGCAGCAAUUGGUAUUAAGUAAUUGCCAUUUAGCAUUUUUGGCAGUUGAUUUGGGCUUUCUAUAGUUUAUCAAUAAACAUCACUAGCACAUGUACUUGGUAAUGUAAUACAAAUGUAGUAGUAUCAAAAUUAUGGAAGGUCGAUGUACCAUGCAAAUAGACAGAUGGUAAAUGUCAAAUGCCAAAUACUUUUUGUUAAAUGCCAAAUUCUCAAUGACAGGUGCUAAAUACGAAUGCUGUAUGUCAUUUACUUAAUGCUAAGGCCAAAUGUUACAUGUAAAAUAUCUAAUGCUAAUUUCCAAACGAUAAAUGCUUACUGCCAAAUAAUUUACCUUUAUGACUAUCUGUAACUCUUAAACUUUGGAUUGUGAUUUUCAAAUAUAUGAAAACAUAUAAUGGGAGGCUUGUGCGCCAUGCUAAUUGCAAAACCCUAAAUCACAAAUAGUUUGUGCAAAGUGCUGUUUGCCAAAUGUACAAUGUCAAAUAUUGAUUGAAAACGGCAAAAGUCAAAUGCUUAAUGCUAAAUGUUAAUUGCGAAAUGCGAAAAAAUAUAUGCCAACUGUUAUGUAAACUGUUCUGAAAAAAUGAACAUAAUGACUUUCGUCAGUCGUUGGUAAACGAACGACAUCCUUACCAUGUACAUGUAUCUAUACAUGUUACAUUUUUGCCUGUAAUUUCCUUGUAACUUGACAGAAAAACAAGUGCUUUCCUCGGCACAAAACGUCUCCCACACUGAAUCAAUACUGGCCUCAAACUCUUUGCCCAAAUUCUAGUGUGUACGAUACCUACACAUUUGGUCCACGAAAAAACAUGUGGGUCAAGUGUUUUAGAAAAAUAUCAAGAAUUUCUGGCAUACGCUUUUAGGCGAGGAAGGCACCCAUUUUCCUGUCUUCGACGCUUCUUAUUCUGUUGAAAUCUGUCAAGUAAUAAGGAAAUCAUUAUAAGCAAAAAAUCGAGCAAUUUUGCCCUAUGUGUACGACAGAUGAAGGUCACGUGGGCUGGAUUUGGUGAUGUUCAAAUUUCCUGUAAAAUAUCCCUCUAACCUUUAUAGAAGCUUUUAGCAUUAAGCAUUUGUCAUGUGUUUUCCCACAUUUUGCAAUUAACAAUAUGAGCAUAUAUCAUUUGGCACAUGAUAUUUGACUUUAAACAUUUAGCAAUUAACAUUUGGAAUUGAUAACUGCCAUUCAGCAUUUGAUAUCAAGAUGAUGAUUUGUUCCCAAAGAAACAUAUAUCACCCACCACGUUGCAACAUACUAGUAUCUUCGUAUAAAUAUACAGAAAGUUAAUAUGAGCCGUGCCAUGAGAAAACCAACAUAGUGGGUUUGCGACCAGCAUGGAUCCAGACCAGCCUGCGCAUCCGCGCAGUC